AUGGAACCAAUGGACGUGGACUGGGAUGUGGUAACAGAGGUAGCUGCUUCCACCGGUACCGACAACCGAACCGCUUCGCGAGUCAUCAAUUUGCUCAACGAUGGGAACACCCUGCCCUUCAUAGCUCGCUACCGCAAGGAAGCGACGGGCAAUAUGGAGCCCGAGGCCCUACGAUUGAUUAAGGCUAAAUUGACCUCCUACAGGCCCUUGUCUACCUUUGUUCCACUUCUCUUUGUCCACCGCCUGAUUGGCAUUUUCACCGGCCCCAAUCGGACCAAAAUGGGAACAAUCGAGCUUGCAAAUAGACAGAAGGAUGAUUUGAACACGAUCCCUGCGUCGUCAGCUUUACUUGUCACUUGUAGAGAGGUAAUCGACAAGGUAGAGAAUGCCUUCAAACACCUUACCUCACGCGGCGUCAUGACCGAGGACCUGAAGAAAAGCUUGCGCCAGUGCAAGACCGUGACGGAUGUCGCGCUGAUUAUGGAACCCUUCAAGGAGACAGGGCCCAAAACUCUGGCGGCGAAAGCUCGGGCAGCCGGUCUGGAACCAGUCGCGUACGCGGUUUUCCGUUUCGGCAAACAAGUCAACUUCAACACGGCCGUCGCGGACUUGUCAGGUCCCGAGGUUGAGUCAGGUGUCAUGAAUAUAAUGGCGGACAUGAUGUGCAGGGACCUUAAUGUUCUACGCGAAGUCGAAAGACUGUGUCUGGAAAUCCCUCCAAAGCUCUGCACCACGCGGAUUCCACCACCGCAGAUUCCACCGAAGAACAAGCCACUUGCGUCUGGCGGUCGGAGUAACUACGAGAAGGACGUGCUGACGUUCCAGGCGUAUUUCGAUUUCUCGAUGCCUUUCAACCGAAUCGCCCCGCAUAGAGUGAGUUGGUGUCAAAGAUGA